AACGGGUUGUUGGGGGACGGACUCAGUGAAGAAAAGAAAUGGCGAUGCUCGGAGGGUAUGGUGCAGCACAGCACAAGAAAAACGUCUCUGAAGGGACCGGCGACGUGUCAGAAUUCGUCUGUCCAGUGUGUCUCGAAAUAUUUGAUAGUCCCGUAACAACACAAUGUGGGCAUACGUUCUGCCAGAGUUGUUUGCAGGAGUGUUUGCGUCCACAGAAGCCUGUUUGUGCUGUAUGUCGGGCAGGACUGGGUCACUGGACUAAAGCUGCAGAUCUUGAGGCUGUCAUCCAAUCAUCUGUGGCAUCUUGCAAAGGGUGUGGAGCUCAGGUUGGCCUGUCUCAGAUGAGAGGACACACAGCUUCCUGUUCUAAAUACCAAGAGUACAUUGAGGAGGGAGUGAGGACUACUGCCCAGAGCCAGCCUGCAAUCAUCAGUCCGGUGCCAAAUCGCUACACUUUCACCUGCCCAUAUUGCAACUGCCAGAACCUUGACCAGGACGGCCUGGUAGAGCAUUGCACUUCCCAACAUGCUCGAGAUACACGCCUAGUGGUAUGUCCCAUCUGUGCCUCAAUGCCUUGGGGGGACCCUAACUACAGGAGCGCUGACUUUUUCCAGCACCUGAAAAUCCGACACACCUUCUCAUAUGAUACAUUUGUCGAUUAUUCGACAGAUGAGAACACAAUGAUUCAGGAGGCUCUACAGCGCUCCCUAUUGGACAACUGAUGUGUGAAAAAAAAAAUCCACCAGACGAGGAAUCCAACAACGUGAAGGGGAGGUGUUGGUGUGAAGUCUUAAAAAGACAAAACAACACACUGUAUCAAAUACCUAUUAUCAGGAUGGUGAUGCUCUUUAUGGGUGAUAAGUUUCACAGGGAGUUGGCCAUGUAACUAUGAAUCUAAAGGCUAAUAUUCAACAUAUAAAUCACGCAAUAUGGUUGCUAAACACAUAUUGUACUGUCUGAUUUAGGAGUGAAACAGUGUUUUGGAUAUGAAAACCGUGCAUCCUCCCCCUGUUAAGUUGAGCCUGUAGACUUAGAGUUUGAAUAUCUAAUAAACUUUGUUUGUUAAAGCAGUUUGCUCAUUGAUGACACGGUGUCAUAUAGCCAAACACUUCCAAAGUUGUAAAAGAAAUUCUCCUGUUAUCGGUACUUAACGUUGUAAAGGGGUUCAACCACUAGGUGGCUGACUGUCACCAGCAAACAACAGACUUCACUGUUUGAGGUUGUCAAGUAAUAUUCACAAUAAUAUAUGAUAAUCAAGUUCAGAGUGACUCUGCAUGUUUCACUCUUAAAAAAAAAAAGAGAGGGUGUUCUUGUUUCUUUUUAGCAGAUGGAAGCUCUGUUUUUUUAUGCUGUUUGUGUGAGAGAGUGUGUGAUCAGUCUUUUUUCAGAGAUCUACUGGAAAGAAUAAAUAAUCUGAGGGUGAAAACAAAGCCUGAAAUGGCUGUUUGCUUUAUUUUCAUGUUUAUCCCUUAUGUCUUUGUGCCUGCUGGUAGAUCUUGUUUCUGACUUCCAAAUCUCAUAGGGCUAAUAGUUCAUCCACUGAACCAAAAGAUGCAAGUAGGAGACCAACGGGGUGUCAUUACUGGUCCCUUGUGACUUUUGUUUUGGUUGGGACAUUUGUGUGUAUGUUUUAAUGUGGCCAUAGGGGGGCAGUAGAGAUCCAUCACUCCGUCUCUGCAGUCUGUGGCAGCCACUGGCCCUCACUGGUUUUUGCGCGCAACAAUUCAACACAGAUUUUGUUUAAUAACUGUGCUUUCCUCAACGUGUUCUCCGGCUUUGUUUUAAAACUGGAUUUUGUUCUAGUGCAGCUUCAAAAAAAAUUCACUAGUCUUUAGAAUCUAAGGGUUUUAGUGGUUUUAUUUUUUUAUAGUCAUAACAGAAAAAUCACAAGUUCACUUUAAGACAGUUGCUGGCAUGACUCGGAUAAGAUUUUAAAUGUCCCUCACUGUAUUGUGCUUUUUCAUGCCCAGUGUGUCUCUGUUGCUUCAUGACGGAUAAACUCCAGUUUGGUUUCCUGGCUUUCUAUUUGUCUCUAGAUCACUGCCAACUGUUCUGAAAAAUAAAAAAUAUACAUCAUCA